AAACGUAAGAAUAAUUGAAAACACAGGUGAAGCCUCCCCUAGCAAAAUGGAAGUUUUAUCGAUGGUUGAAAUGGGCAAUCAGCGAGGAAAUAAUCAAUCCAAUCGAAUAUUUCGUGCCGAUCCGAUCGCUUAAAGUGGUCAGCCCUUUGAAGAAAUGCGAGGAGAGCGUAAUCAAUAAAUAUAACAAGUCGAUGAAUAAUCAGAACUUUGAUAACAACCAAGUGUCGAGAACGGUGGAAGAAAAUAAAGUUAACGAAAAAUUAAAUAAUCCUCAGAAAGAUGAAACGUUAAAAGAAGAUAUCUGUUUCUGGGCAGACUUCAACAAAAUAGAGCCCUACAUAAAAGAAGUUGAUUUCUUCUAUAAAUCGGAUUAUUUUCAAUACAGCAUGAAAUUGUCGGAUCGUUUUGUAACGAAAUCGAACGACGAGAAAUCGGAGACGAGGAAGGAUAGUAAGAAGGAUAGCAAGAAGGAGAGUAAAAAGAGUUCUCCGUCCAGACAAAAAGAUCCUGAAUUCAUGGAUACGUAUCUGUGGCCCCAAAAAAUGUUAAAAUCCAGGAACGAUCCAUUGUACAUUUUCAUCGACUCGGUGGAAGAAAAAUUCUUCUUGAUCAACUUCUCAACGUUUCAAGUCACCGCUGAAAUCGUGAAAAACGAGAAGGAGGAAGCGGCAAAUCCUAGAACUCUGCUGAGAGCGAACAAGGGCUAUCUGGCCGUGGAAAAGAAUCAUUGGUUUCGAAAACAGGAGAAGCCCGACUACUUGAUUUUCAUUCUAACUGCUGGGACAAAAACGACUAUACUCGAAAUAAAUCCCGGAAGGCAUAUCUUCCAAAUCUAUUGUCAUUCGGACUCGAAUUGUUACGUGAGUAUCUCCUCGGAUACGAUUUUCCACGUGGGUGAUAGAAGAAAGAUGUAUCAAUUGAUGUGUACGGAGUCCGAGAUGGUGGAUAAGAUAGCGAAGCACAUCAGCAACUCCAUAAGUAAUGCGUUUCAAGCGUUUGGCACCGACAGAUAUUCGAAGGCGUUGAAGACUUAUUUCAAUAGUUACUUACCAGUUUCUGCCGAACGAAAGAAAAGGAAAAAAAUACUUUAUCAAAAGACACACGAAUAUUUUAUCAAAGAAAUGGUAGAUUUUAUUAACAAGAUUCUUCCCGAGAACGAGAUACCGGGCGUAUUGAGAGCAAUGAGAAUAUUUUUUCUGGAUCAUAAGAUCGGUUUGCAAUGCUACGACGAAAUCUCGACAAUUUUGAGGACUUUAAGAUACAAAAGCAUACUCGGAGAAGAUCGAUCUGCAUUACUUUUUCAGCAAUUUAAUUUUAUUUCUCACGAGGAUAAGGCUGCCAGUAUUAUUCAAUCAUUUUUCAAGAUGAUCACUCUGAAAAAGUAUCUAAAGAUGCAUAAUCCUCAACACGAGAAGCACAAUGAGAUUUUGCAAAAUUUACUUAAGAUCGCGGAAUUGUUUAAUUACAACAAACAAGAAUCAUUGGCUAAUAAAAUACUGAGAAAUAUUUUGAAGCAUCAUGACAAAUUAUACGAUAUUUUCUAUUGCUCUAAGGAUUUUGAAUACACCUUGCAAUCCGUGGAGUUCAAAGGGACGUUGACUUGCACGAAGCCGAAUCAAUGGCUACCUAUUAUAAGAAUCGUAUUAAAUCCUCAAGACGGUGAGAUAGUUUUCGCGAAUAUAAAUCUAUUCAUUAAUCUACCAAGAUACGAUGUGCGCGUGUUUGACAACGAGGUAGACAAAGAGGUAUUAAAAAUAGUGAACAACGUGGUGCCAACUCGUUACGAGCACACGAAACUAGGUUACACUCUUUUCUGUUACGGAUGGACCGACAGCGAACCGAAUCAGAUGAAAGAGUUACCCUGGACUCUAAAUAUAAUCACCAUGAAAGGGCAGCCCGAGUUUCAAUUUUUGGUCAAUGAAAUGAUCUUUACCUCGAUCACACCCCCCACCUUGGUCAUAGAAGAACUAUACAACACUUAUAUCCCCAAUUGGAGAAAUUUCAUCUCAAAAUGGACUAUUCGAGUGAUGCAAUCUAGUAUAGUGUCGUUCAGAUUACAAGUAUCGUACCAGAAUGCGAAAAUAAGGCUGAAAGUAAAAGAUGAGGAUGGGAAUGUGAUAAGGAGAAAUAGGGGUUUUGCAGUAGUCAUAUUACCAGUCGUGUAUUUGCAGUUUAAGAAACAAUUAGAAUUCGAUGAAAAUAAGAUCCGUGAGGAGGAAAUCGAUAGCAAAAAGAAUGAUAAUAAACAUAAUCUGGUACCUUACACGACUUAUCGCUUGGAGGGAUCGGUUCUCGGUAAAACCUGGCCACUUACGAGAGCAGAAUGGAGUAUCGUAUCGGAAUUUAAAGUGAAACCGAGUGGCUCUCUGGUUAGAACGAAAUUACCAUUUAAUAAUUUGAUAAAAAAGAAUGAGACAUCGAAAAAUCCAAAGAAAAAUAUAAAGCAAACCGCCGAAAAUGUUCAAACUCUCGAAUCUCCUUAUUGGAUUCUUCAAAUGAUCACGGAUUCUGGAAGUAAAGUGGAGAUAAGCGAAGACAGGACGAAGGAGUUGGAAAUAGCCGAGAUGAAGGAGAACUGGGCAAAAGAAAAUCCCGACAGUUUGGAACGUGGAAGAGAAAUUCGUAGAGCUUUCAUUAAGAAGCACGCGAUCAAACAGCCGAUAGAAUGUUUCGAAAAGAAAGUUUCGAAUCAGACUGAAAAAUUGUUGAUGAAAAAAAACAACAAGCAAUUUAUGGACGCGCAAGAGAUGGCUUGUUUGGAGGAGAGGACCUUGAGUCCGCCUCCGUCGCUUCGUAGACUUCCACCCUUGGAUCUGUCGGCAUACGAGGUCAAAGAGGACGAAGAGAUGUUGAAGACCGAAUCGAAAGAAGAGAUGCUGAAGGUGCUGCGCAAGUUGGACAUUACAUGCGCUCAACAGGAUUACGAGCAUUUUCUCAAAGAAUUGGGGAAUUUAAACAAAUUGCAGAAAUUGGAGCACGAUAUACUGUAUCGAAUCAAAUACAAAGAAGCAUUUCUCGAAAGGAAAGCUCUAAUGGAAAAUUUAUACGAGGUUCGAAAAAAUUACAUCGUUAUGAAAUCUCUGGCACCGAGCAUUAAGUCUACUAAAAAAAGUCCUAUGAGCUCUAAAAAAAGCAAGAAAAAUAAAAAAACUUAGACUAAUUAUUUAAUGUUUAGAAUAGAAUAAGAAAAU